AUGUUAAUCUCAGUCUACGCAUACAACGGUUAUGUUCCGUUGAAGUACCCUCCAGAAUCCUGGUCAGCGUUUUCUCAAAUGAGCGCCGACGUGGCGGGACACUAUUGGCGGCUUGUUUUGCCUUUUGCUUCCAGCGUCCUUGAUCAGCUAUCUCAAAAGAGGCUGCGAUUGAUAUUGAUUUGGGCUAUUUGUAUUUGUACCCAAAAGGAAGUAGGGUUUGAGGAUUGGACUGUUGUUGAAAGAGGAAUUAAAUCUAUUUACCAAAAGAAAGAGGACCUAAAUCUUUAUCCGGUGACAAUGAAAUAUAAUUGA